AUGGCACCCUGGACCUAAAAACAACACCCCGGGCGAUUGGAUCAUUGAUCGGCUUUCUCAUUGGCCGGUAGAGCUGCCAGUCAGGCGCAACACUCGCUGGUUCGUUCAAACCUGGGAUUUACGCAUAGCGACUAAUCUGCGUUGAGGUUUGAGCCACAUCGCAUUGUGUCGCAGCGUCUCGGUGCGCUCUCCGUGCGCUGAAAGAGCAAUAUUUGUUGGAUUUACAAUUCAUCUCCAGCCGGGGGGGAGAAAAAAAGAUCUGCUUUUCUUCACUUCCACCUGGGAGCGAUUAGACGGGGGAAAUCAGCGUGUAAAUGGAGUUUCGACUAUUGUCGUGACUGCUGUCCACCGCCUCUCACUCUGCUGAAGACUGUGCGUUGAAGUUGCAGCAGCAUCCGCAGCGCCGCAGCUCUCCCUCUCCGUGCAGACAUGGGAACCGUCCUCUCCAUAUCCCCCGCCAGCAGGAAGGCGUCGAUUAUGGACGCCGAGGUCGCGGGGGAUCCGCUGAAAAGCGACAAAAGCCUCAAGCGGCACUCCAUGUUUGUGUCGCUGUCCUGGAAGAAGCUGGUGGCCAAUUCGGCCAAGAAGAGCGCAAAGAAAGUGACCCCGAACCCGCUGCCCACCCGGGACCUCCCGGCCAGUCAGGUGGCUCAGCUGAACAGCGAAAACGCCAGGAAGACGCACCAAACGGAGGAGAAGAAACCCAAAGCCCCGAUCCCGGUGCCGGUGCCCACGGUUCCCACGCAGAGCAGUGACAGCGUCAUCCAGAACGGGAGGCUGUCCUCGGUCCAGAAGCAGCCCAGCAGCCUCUCUCUGGUGUCACCCAGGCGGAUAGUCAUCCAGGCGUCCACCGGGGAGCUGCUGCGCUGCCUGGGGGACUUCAUGUGCCGCAGGUGUUUCAAACUGAAGGAGUUGAACAGCGGGGAGGUCAUCCUCUGGUUCCGCAACAUCGACCGGACGCUUUUGCUCCAGGGCUGGCAGGACCAGGGCUUCAUCACGCCUGCCAACGUGGUGUUCGUGUACCUGCUGUGCCAAGACACGAUCGCGGACAGCGUGGACAGCGCGUCCGAGCUGCAGGGCACCUUUCAGACUUGCCUCUACCUCGCCUACUCCUACAUGGGCAACGAAAUCUCCUACCCGCUCAAGCCGUUCAUGAUCGAGGCCAACAAGGACGUGUUCUGGGAGACGUCGCUGCGCAUCAUCAACAGGAUGAGUGCCAAAAUGCUCCAGCUGAAUGCGGACCCGCACUUUUUCACCGAGGUCUUCCAGGACCUCAAAAACCAGCGCGAAAUCAGCGAGUCCAACCUGGACCGCUGACACGGAUACCAACAAAAACACUGAUGAAUGUCAAUCACGGACGGGUAGUUUGAAGUGAAAACCCAUUUACUGAAGGCUUGGGCUGAAUAUGUCUCUCGUGAUGUUACAACAAAAUACUUAAAUAAUGGUGUUUAGACUACAGUGUAGGAGAAUUCAUACAUGCAUGCCAACGGUGUAAUUGUCCUUGUUUUGUCUAGUCCCUUGAAUGACGCAGGGGUUAUCUUCACGGU